AUGGACAGCAACAAUGUUCAUGACCCUUCGCUCACCGCAGUCUCAGAUCCAGCGGCAUUGUCUAUGAACGGAGCCUUCAUCCCCACCAUGCCAACAGCUGAAAACCUCAACGGGUACGCACCCAUCGCCGAUGGGUCGUCUUUCGCGAAUGUUCCCAUGCCCGUCAAUGGCGUACAAACCGAUAUGUUUGCGAUGGCUGCCCAACCAACAAUAUCCGCCGAUGAGAUCGCCCUAUACGAUAGACAAAUACGCCUAUGGGGGAUGGCGGUUCAAGAGAAGUUGCGGUCCGCAAAUCUGCUCCUCAUAGGGAUCAAAGGUCUUGGUGCUGAGAUCGCAAAAAACCUCGUGCUAGCAGGCAUUGGAACCUUGACAGUGCUCGACCAUGAGACAGUCUCCGAUGAAGACCUUGGAACUCAGUUUUUCCUCAAUGAGUCUCAGGUCGGUCAGAAUCGCGCAGAGGCCGCUCUUCCAGAACUGCAAAAGCUCAACCCUCGGGUGGAAAUCUAUACCGAUCCCAUCCCAGUUGUGAUGAAAGAUCCAGAAUAUUUUCAGAGCUUUGACAUUGUCAUUGCGACGGGCCUGAUGCAGGAGAUCAUUACGACCAUCAAUCUAGCAUGCCGUACAUUUGGCCGCAAGUUCUACACAGCCGACACGCAUGGUAUGUAUGGCUACAUUUUUGCCGAUCUCCUGGUUCACCAAUACAUCGUCGAAAAACCACAAAGCAACAAACCGGCCAAGGUGGGUGAUAUGGAGACGUCUACAAGAGGCGUAAUAGGAGUCGAUACGAAGCGGGAAAGCGACAAGGUCACAGAUAUUGUCACAUACCAAGAAAACUAUUCGCUCUUUCAGCUCGCCAAUCUGUCACCUCUGCCGUCAAGAAUCAGAAACACUCGCCGGACCCUUAUGCGCGUAACACCGCUUCUCUCAUGCCUGCGAGCAUUGUUCGAUUUCCAGUCUCAAACCGAAGGACGUCUUCCAGGACCCAAUAGAGUUGACCUGGAACUGUUUACCAAGCUUGCCGAACAGAAGCACCUGGAGCUCCAACUGCCGAAGGAGACGUUGAAAGCCGAGUUUCUCCGCAGCUUUCUUCAGAAUCUGGGAUCGGAGAUCAGCCCAGUGGUUGCAUUUCUGGGCGGAUAUCUGGCGCAGGAUGUCAUCAAUGUUCUGGGACAAAAGGAGCCUCCGUUGCAGAACUUUCUGCUGUUUGAUGGCGAAGAUUUUACAGCGACGCAGUACAGCAUACACCCCAUUAAUGACGACGCGGUUACGAUGAUGAACACGAAUGGUGCAUCAAUGGUGCCAGCAACAGGAUCAUUACAAGCUCCAGUGCCGGCGGCAUGA